AUGUAUGCCCCCGAAUCGACAUGGACACGCGCAUUCCUAGCCGUCGCUGUCGUCCAAGCCCUGAUCGCGUCGUCACUUGAAGCCUACGUCCUAAUCGCCGUCGAGCGCUGCUUCGAGCCCGCCGUAGUCCAAGUACCCCGCGGCCACACAGUCCCCCUGUUCUUCGCCCUCUUUAUCUUCGGCUUUGUCUAUCAGCUCAUCUUGGUGUACGACGCGCUGCGCUCGAGCAGCAUGAUCCAGGUCGUCGGCCUGUGUGUUUACAACCUCUGUCUGCUCGGCUACGCCCUCUUUCAGCCCAAGGACAUCAAAGACGCGCUUGAUUCGCUCGCGGGAAGCAUAACAGCGGAUGGCAAGCCGCUGAUAACGCCGGGGACGAAUGCUUGGGGGGACUGUAUGCCGGCGUUAGCGGCGCUGGCGCUGGUGGUGGCGGUGGCGACGGGUGUUUUCUGUUUUGUAGCGUGGAAGCUACGGUCCGAGUUUGCUUGGGUGGUUUAUAAGGCUAUUAAUGCGGAUCGGGCUAUGAGAAAGCGUAUUUUAAUCUUACAGUCUUAUACGGCCUUUCUCAAGUUCGAUCUGUUCUUCUUGCUGGGGUUCUUGCUCCAGAACAUGAUCAACGCUUCUGCCGACAUGGGCAGACCCGAAUUUGGAUUAUCUAUUGGCGCAAUUCCCCUCGUUCUCCUGGUGAUCUGGCUUGCGGUGGUCUGUGCCCAGAGUGAGUACACGGUCGGCACGCUUGUCAUCAUCCUUGUCCAGCUCGCGGCCGCUGGUUUUCUCUGCUACAAGCUUACGACCAUCGACCAUGAGCUUUACAUGUUUAGGACCUUCGCCGCUAUCACAUUGAUCAUGACGCUUUGCGCCGCCGCAAUGGCGGUGCUCUGUCUAGUCAAUUUCGGUAAAGGAGUGAAGAAUAUUACUGAGUCUCAGCUGAGACAAAAAUCCACGCACAACCUGCCAGAUACGGACUACGCAUCGUCAUCAUACUUGUACGGUUAUGUACCGCGUAGGUCGCCGCUUGAUGCUUAG